GACAGCAUUAUUUAUAAACAGUGCAAUAUUUUACUGUCCUGAUAGCACCAAGUUCUGAUAAAAAAGGGGUGUUUCCAACUUUUAUCGGUGUCCAUUUCCUCCAUAGUUUACUUAUACAGAUUUCCUCAAUUGUUUGCUCGGAAAUUUCUAUCUUCCCUUGAUUUAGUGCGGUGGUUAUGCGCAUAACAACGUCACCGAGUGAGCAGCACCGCGAGCAAAACCGUAGCAGUAGCGUUUUCUGUCGUGGCAAUUCGCUGCCGUCGUCGGGCGUGGCUAGCGGAAUGGCCCCGGCCAAGCUAAACUACCGGAUUUCGGUGUCGACGUUCUUUGCCAAAUCGCAUCCCAGUGACGAGUGCUGCGGAAGCAACGGGCUCCCGUUGACACCGAACUCGAUUGGAAUUUACGGCCGGUCACAGCUGUUGAGAAGCGAGGCACUGAAGCACGAAAAUUUGUGCGAGUACUUGGAUGUCGUGCGAGGAAAGCACGAAAGGACGAUUAUCGUGCAGGAGUACGCAGGGUGUCCACUGACGGAGACGUUCAUCGGGGAGAACAACAAGCAGGAAGUGCUGUUGAGGAUUGGAUAUCAGAUGCUGAGGGCAUUGAGCCAUUUGAACGAGAAGGGGUUGAUGUGUCGGAAUUUGGAACCGGUUAACAUCUUGAUCAGUAGGGACUUUUGCGUGAAAUUGUACAACUAUGGUCUGUACUAUAUGACUUACGGGGGGAAAUAUGUUUCAUUUCCUAUUGGAAAUGUGAAAUAUCAUGGCCCGGAAGUGCUGCUGGGUUCGCAGGAAAAUAUCAAAAGUGAUAUUUGGUCUGUAGGAAUAAUCCUGGCGGAAUUGGCUUUAGGGUGUAAACUGUGGGAGAAUUUGAAAGUAUCCCAGAUUACAAGAAAAGUAUUGAGCUUGCUGAACACAAGCAAUGUGUUUGAGAAGUUGGCUCGAGAACAUAAAAAGGAAGAGCAAUUCGAAUCAUUGGAUGCGUCUCUGCGGCGGGUUAUCGAGGCGUGUUUGUCUGUUUCCAUAGCAAGGCGUCCAUCGUCAGUUGAGCUCCUGGGGGAUGAGGCGUUUGAUUUCUUAAGAGAGGAAAGCUUUACGGCCCCGGACCCGGUAGGGAUGACUCUCUUGGAGAAGCAUUGCGGAAGUCUGGCGGAGAUUUACUACCUCUGGCAGUUGGCCGGUGGCGAUGUGCAGCAGGAAUUGAAAAAGGAAGGGUUGAUUAAAAGCGAAGCCCCGAUUUUGUCAUUACCGAACUUGAUUCUCUUGAACGGAAAAUCGAUAUCACCACCGAAGAGUCAAAGUUUCCUACAUGACAGCCGAAUCAUCUUUCUCAACUUCAACACACUGCUGGAACGAUUCUCGAAAAUCCCCGAAGAGGACUAUCUUCCAUUAAUCUACACUACCAACUCUUAUCUGGAAUCUCCUAUCUUCAAAACAGAUCUCCCGCUGGUGAUUCGGGAGCGUGACACUGUGUAUCAGUUCCAUCGUAUUAUGCUUCUCAAAACUCUACUCCACGGCUAUCCUUAUACUCACGACCUACUGAAAAGCUUCGCCAGCAAGGACAUCCCACCACCUUUCCGCGGUCACGUGUGGGCUUGCCUGCUGGGGGUGGUGGAAAAUGGUCUUUACGAACAGCUGGACAAAUGCAGCCCAACGCUGACGGAUCGGCAAAUCGAAGUGGACAUUCCACGCUGUCACCAAUAUAAUGAGCUGCUUUCGUCCCAGGAAGGGCACACCAAAUUGAAACGGCUGCUGAAGGCGUGGGUUACGGCCCAUCCGCAGUACGUCUAUUGGCAAGGGCUGGAUUCCCUGACUGCACCUUUUCUGUAUUUGAAUUUCAACAACGAAGAGCGAGCCUUUCUCAGCCUUUACAAGUUCAUACCGAAGUAUUUGCAUCUGUUCUUCCUGAAGGACAAUUCGUCCAUCAUCAAAGAAUAUCUGGUCAAGUUUUUUCAGUUGAUAUUCUUCCACGAACCAGUGCUGGCCAAGCACCUGCACGGAAUCAACUUCAUACCGGAGUUGUACGCAAUACCGUGGUUCUUGACGAUGUUCAGUCAUGUAUUUCCACUGCAUAAAAUAUUCCACCUGUGGGAUAAAUUGAUUCUCGGUGACCACUCGUACCCGCUGUUUAUUGGCAUAGCCAUCCUAAAGCAAUUGAAGAGCACUCUCCUCAAGUCGGGCUUCAACGAGUGCAUCCUUUUAUUCAGCGACCUGCCGGACAUUGUAAUGGAAACGUGCGUCAACGAUUCCGAAGCGAUGUACCAGUUCACGCCGAAAAGCAUUACCUACCGGAAGUAUGCCCUAAAUGAUGAUCCUCCCAACGAUUUUGACCUGAAAUACACAGACGACGACCACCGGGAGGUCCAGGCGGAACUGUACCCCCGCAUCAGCAAGUACGAUCUGAUACGGCUCAUGCGCGACCGACCGGCCAGCGUGGUGGUGCUCGAUCUGCGAACCAAUCUGGAACACAAACGAGUGGCGAUCGAAAACAGCGUCAACAUUCCGUUCAGUUCGGUCUCGCUGAAGGAGCCCCGCCUGGACGCCCUCAGCGUUCCAAAGCUGGAAGCAUUCCUCCGCCGGAAGGUGGUAGUCAUCGUGAGUCCAUCGCACGAGAAUGCUCUGCUGUUUGCGCAGUUUUUGGUGGACUGCCAGGUGUCGCGCGUUUGCGUCCUGAAUCGGGGCUUCGAGUUCCUGUACCGCAUCGAUGAUAAAUUAAUGAUGCAGACGUUCGACUAUAUUAAUACGCUGGCCAAGAAUGUUCCGAAUAUUGCUGAUUUUGUUGAAAAAUCUUAGGCAGUUUAUUUUCUAUUCCAUGUUUGACGUGAUACUAUUUAUAUGUUAUAUAGCAACUACUUAUCUACCACAA